AAUCUCAAACCACCAACACAGACAUUUGCAGAAUCAAUUGUCUGAUUCAUAUUCUGACGGUAUCUCAAUCUGCAUAUCUUUGAUUUCCAAGAAUAAUCGAAGCUGAAUUCAAUCAAAUGGCUUCGUCUGCUGCCGCAUUAUCAUCAGCAAGCAGCUGUAGCACGAACAUGAGGAUACAAUUCUUCAACAACAAUCGCUAUAAGAAACAGCAGAAGCAAAAUGUUAAUUUCUUCAAAGUUCGAGCUUCCUCCAAUGAAGAAGAGGACUGCAAUACUGAAGAAUGCGCCCCCGACAAAGAGGUUGGGAAAGUGAGCAUGGAAUGGUUAGCCGGGGAGAAAACCAAAGUGGCUGGAACAUUCCCACCUCGUAGGCGUGACUGGAGCGGUUAUGUGGAGAAGGACACUGCUGGGCAGACUAAUAUAUAUUCAGUUGAGCCUGCAGUUUACGUGGCAGAGAGUGCAAUCAGCUCCGGGACUCCAGGUACAUCUGCUGAUGGAGCCGAGAAUACAGCAGCACUAGUUGCUUUCGGAGGCCUUAUCGCCGUUGCUGCUGCAUCUGUGGUACUCUUUCAAGUAGGGAAAAACCCACCUCAAGUACAAACAUUAGAUUAUUCCGGUCCGUCACUUAGUUACUACAUUAGUAAAUUCAAACCCAUGGAAAUUGUCGAAGUUUCAGUGCCAAUAGAAACCGAAACGUCUGAACAGCCACAGAGCUCUACCCCACAAGUAGAUUCAGAGGUUUCAGAAACCGAUAUCCCAACUGCAGCUGAACAGCCAGAGAGCUCUACCCUGCAAGUAGUUUCAGAAACCGCGACUUCAAUUUUGGCUGAACAGCCAGAGAGCAGUCUGCCACAAGAUUCAGAGGUUCAGGUUGUAUCUGAAUAAGGUAUUACUUUGGUACUUACUAAUAUGCUAGUUUUUGUUAUAUGUACUGGUGAAGUUUGAAUGUAUGUAUGGUUUUCACUGAGUUGUAUACUUUGUGCUACAGACGAAUUUAUCAUACCAUUUUCUCAUUAAUACAAAGUAGGUAUGUGUGGUUGUCGAUCUUA